AUUUUUGCGACAAACGCACAUUACGGAGACGGUGAAAAAGUUUUCUAUACAUUUAUAAAGAAUAAAUUUUAUUUUGAUUAAAUAAAGAAACAUGUGAAAAUAUUACUGGAACGCUAAAAUUAAAAGAUCGAAGCAGUGUUGUGUUUAAUAUAAAACAAAAAAGGAAAAGUAAAUGAAAAAGGGAAAUUUUUUUUAAUGUGCAUUAAGUAGAAGAGGGAAGUGUGGCAAUUAAAACUAGACAUAACAACAAAAACUGAUUAACUUAAGAGAAUUUUGUUGUGGUCGUGCUAAAAAAAAGCAUAGUUAAAAGUUUUGUGUCACAUAAAUAUAAUUCAAUUGAGGACUUUUCCAUUGGAUUUCAACAUGAGUGAAGCCAGCACAGGGAGCCCUGGCGACGCCACCGCCGCCGCCAGUACACCUAUGGCGUCAACAACGGCCGCGACCAUGCCAUCGCCGUCGGUUGUCGCCGAUCAUAGUAAAGCUGCAAAUUAUGAGUUUGAUUCCUCCCUGUCCGAAGAAGAACGUCGCUUCUAUUUGAAGGCUUACCCUACUAUCGACGUUGUGCGUGAACGUAAGGUUCAUUGCACUGUGUGUAAAACUCAUAUUGGUACCGCUCCAAUACAAGAGAGUAACAUUAAAAUGCAUCCAAUUUUAAGAGUUACACACUGCGUCAAAUGUCAUGAUUUUUAUAACAGUGGCGAAUUUAGUAAAGGCGAAGAUGGAUCGGAACUAUAUUGCCGUUGGUGUGGUCAAGGAGGUGAAGUCUACUGUUGCUCUAGCUGCCCGUAUGUCUUUUGCAAAUCGUGCAUUGUAAAAAACCUGUCACGUGGAGUUGUAGUAGAUAUAGAACAAAAUGAAAAUUGGAGUUGUUUCAGUUGUGCACCGAAGAUACUAUGGCCAUUAAGAGCUCAACAUUGGGCUUUAAUGUGCUACAUAGAACAACAAAAAAGAGAAAUCUACGCACUGAAUUUGUCGGAGACUGAACUGAAACAACAAUUAUCUACAGAUCGUAGCAAAUGUUGCCGUCUAGCUAAAGCUAAAUGCGGGAAUAUGUCUGAUUCCCUGGAAAGUCUGGACUCUGUCACGUCAAAACGAAGUUUUAGUAGCAACAGUUCGGCUAAGAAAAAACACGCAAGUGCACCUUCACCGCAGCCCAGUGCUAAGCGCCCUCGCAACAACGAUGAUAUAGUUUGUACCCCCGACCUAAUGAGCAUGUUAGAGCCGGACUGCCAGAUAACCGUAUCUCAAAAGCUACCGACACGGCCACUGCCUACACCAGCAGCUUCUGCACCUAAAAUUUUAUCGAUUAAACCGGGAUUUCCUGGUGCAAGUAAUAUUAUGACAUCGACCCCAAAAAGCUCGGUGCCACCACCUUUAGUUUUACGUAAUACAGGCAUUAAAGUUAGGCCGGGUUUGCCGGCACCGGUAGUACGGCGUACUGUUAUAGGACCGAGGACACCCACGCCUGGAGCUACCGGUGCGCCCGUUUAUCAUACCAUCAAUGGCUAUCGUAUCGAUUUAAAUUCAGCCGCUCAGCAAGAAACGUUCCGUUUGCCCAACGGCAAAUUAAUACAAGUUAAACGUCAAGGGGCCCUGCCUGUCGCUCCCACUAUUAAUCAAAAUUGCAACUCGUGGCAGCAGCAACAGCAGCAUAUGCAACAGCAACGCGCAGCAGCCUCUCAAUCUAUGCAUCCUAUACGUUCCGUGCAAAUAACUCAGCAAUCCUAUCAAACGGUCCAACCUCAACCCCAGCACGGGCCACAAUCUCAACAACAUCCUCACCUAGUGCGUUAUCCUGGCAACAUGUCAGGCAGUGGUGCUUCGAUAAAUCAUGCUGUAAAUCACAAUGGAGGUAUAAUGCAAGUUAUUAACGGCCAGGUGCCAAGCGCGCAAACCCAACCGGCAAUUAACGCUAAUACUCCCUUAAGGCCUAUUAUGAUUCGCCAUAUCUUCCCCGAUACGCCAAUCGGCCAAGCACGUUCCCAAUUACAAGAACAAGUCUUCAAUGCCAUGGAAAUUUGCACACAUCUCACUAAUAAGGUUCAAACCCUAACCAAUUCGAAUGCUUACAAACAGGCACGAAACUAUCUAGAAGUUAAGGAACUGUACAUCCACUUAUCCUAUUUACUAACUUAUGCUAUAGGGCGUUUUAAAGGAUUACAAGACAAAUGUUUAGCUGAUAUGCGUCAAUUAGGAUUCGUCAGUGAUGCCGAUUGUUUGGAAAACGGGCAAUUGGCAGCAGAUAAACAAGCCAGUGAUGACGAGGAUAAUGAGAUUGAAAUAGUUGAACCCAAGACGGAUCUUAUAACUCUCGAUUCAGACGAUGAUGAACCUUCGGCGAAUCGUAAAUCAUCUAUUUCACCUGUUAAAAAAUCCACUACAACCACAAAUGCCAUUAUUGAUAGUAAUAGUAACAAUGCUGGUGUGAUACACGGAAAAAUAGGACAGACAUCCUUAAACAAAGACGAUACCAUUGACUUAAUGAGCGUCGCGCAAAGUUUCUUAGCGAGCAUGUUGGAAGUAGAUAUGAGCGAGGGUAGUAAUGGUGGUACACAAAAUUCUCCAAAUAGUACUGAUUCGCUUAUACACAAAAAGCAGCCACGCAAGAAAACUACCAAUAAGCCUAAUCCAACCUUAAUUAAGCAAAAAGAAAUUAUGGAACGAGAACGUUUAGAGGAAAUGAAACGUACAGAUGUGAAAUUGAAAAUGAAAUGUUCCGUAGCACUGGAAAAGGCUGAAGAUGUGUAUCCAUUUGCAAAAGACAUGCUUACUUCACAGAAGACAGAUGAAGAGGAAGUCGAGGAGAAGUCACCGGAAGUGGCAGAGCAUCAACAACUAGGAGAUGACGGCACACAAAGGAAUUCUGUAUCUACAAUGGUGGUAGAUACAGGUAAAGAGACGGUUAAAGUAGAGGUAGUGUUGGAGGACGACCUAAAUACUUCUAACGAAGGGGAAAAGUUAGAAGACAGUAAUGUUAAGAAUAACGAAGAAGAAGUAUUGAUUGCACAACCUGCCUCGGAAGAAAAUAACGAUAUUUCCAUAGUGAAAGAAAUAGAGGAGGAAGCAAUCUUGACAGGAACAGAAGAAAAGAUAAAUGAACCUAAAGUUGAUGAGAUGUCUAACGAAAAUGAAGAUUUAGACGUCGAUAAAGAAAUCGCCAAGGUUUUAAAAGACUGCAAUCAGCGAUUAGAGGAAGAGGAAAGCGUCAACAAUAUAGACAGAUCAAUAAAUGAUGAUAGUCCAAUAAAGAUAUGCUCACCCUCACCGAAAGAUAUUCGCAAUCUUAAGGAUACUUUAGAUCGUACAAUUGAAAAAUUAAUUACUGAUGAUAGACCCUGCAAGGAUAGCUUAACAAAAUCAGAACUAAGCGAACCUGUAAUUUCGUUAGCCAAGGAACAACAAACUGUAGCUAACAAUCCCGAUGCUUAAAUUAAGUUUAAAUGUAAAUCUUCCCGAACUAUGCUAUGCAUCAAAUGCGUUAAAAAAAAUUUUUUUUUUUAAUUACGUUGUAUAACGCAGAUUGUGCUCUAUCGUAUAAUUAUCUGUUAUUUUUACUUUCCCAUUUUUCAUAUUCAUUUAAUUUAAUUGUAUGAGUUUUCCUGCCUUACAUCAUCAUUUUCUUCCACUUAAAUUGUAAAAAAAAAUAGCAUUAUCAUUGCAUGGUAACGCAUACCUUCUUUGUAAGAUUUUCAUAACUCGUUGUUAAAUUUAAAAAUUCCAUCAAUUUUUUGAAACUUUUGAUUAUUUAUAUAUUUUUAGAAGUUUUUCAAAAUCAUAAAUUGCAAAAUCUCUCAAAAAAGAAACUGGUGUUUUUCCUGUACUGGCAGAGAGAGAGAGAGAGAGGGAGAUCCAGUGAACUUCAAGAUUUAAAGAGGAUCCAUCUGGUAACUGCAAAGGAACUUUUAAAAGCAAAAAUACAUAGAGCGUUUUUCUCCAGAUGUAAUGAAGUAGAGUGUAGCAGUUACACAAGCUGCUACCAGAAACUGAAGUACAUUUUCAAUAAAUUCAACACCAUCCCCGUUUGGAAUUCGACUCGUUCCAAAUGCAAAACCGAUUUGAAUAUCCUCAAGUCUAUAGCUAAUUCCAAAAGAAUUUGCCUAGUUCAAGUCAGGUUUAAUCAUUGUCAUUCAAUAAGUAAAAGGAGUUUAUAAUUUGCAAUUUAAAUUACUCGCUUUAAGUCACCAGUUUAGCCUUAUGAAUCCGAACAAGUUAAGAUAGAAUUAAACUUGAAUUAAGUAAAAAUUUUGGAUUGAUUUUUUUUUUACCACUCAAGAUUAUUUUGUUCUUCUUCUCUUCAGUCAGUGCCAAACCGAAACUGACAAAGUUGUUUUAUAAUAUUGUAAACAAAGCCCGCACUUUCUGCAUAUAGGGUGUAAGUCAAUAAAUGGUUCAGGCGUCAUCACCCUUAUCCAUCAAAGUAGCCUUCCUCGAGAGUGACACCAUCAAUCCAAGGAAAUCAACAUUUAUAUACCUUUCUUAUAGAACGAUUUG